ACGCGCGUGACGUCAGGGGUGACCCCAGUCACUGACGGUGAGAAACAUGGCGGCUCCCAACAUGAAGGUGUUCGAGUUGUUCGUGUCUAAAAUCCCCUGGACUCUCGCUACCAAGGAGCUAAAAAACCAUUUCGGGCAGUUCGGCACUGUGAAGAAAUGUCUCCUGCCUUUUGAAAAGGGAACCGGGUUUCACAAGGGCUUUGCCUGGAUCACCUUUUCCUCAGAGGAAGGACAAAUCAAUGCUCUUCAGCAUGAUUCUCACGUAAUUGAUGGAAGCAGGCUCGCUGUACAGAAGAACAGAAGGCCGUUUUUGCCGACAGGAAGAAACAAAGAAACAGAAGAAAUCUGAACAGUUGUGAUUUAUGUGAAAAGUAUAUAUUAUGUGUUUUUUUUUAUAUUGUUCAGUGUUGCUGUUCUGUAAUCUGAGUUUAAUUAUAUGUGAAAAGAAAAUGUUAUGUAUGUCAGAACUACAAUAAAUACACUUGACAGAAA